AUACCAAAAAUAUACCAGUUGAUUUGACGACAAUAAAUCAAGAUAUGGACAAGGAGAAAAGCAACACAAAAGAAAGACUUCAGAAACAAGAAAGGCAAGAAUAUAAAGAUGUCACACCGUCAGAAUAUCAACCAGCUAAAGCAGCAGAAAAAGAAACCUCGAAAUACCAAACACUCAGAACGCUUUCUGCCCUGACGUCAGAGGAAACUGAACUCUAUCAAGAUUACUACUAUCCAGAACCAGUUUCUCCUAAGAAGAAAGAGAAAUCAAAGGCAAAAAAGGAUCAGAUUCACCCUUGUCCAAAAGUUAAGAAGAAAAGGCUUGUGUCCUAUGAUACAACAGAACCAGAGGAUGAUGAUGUGACAAGACAUAUUAUAAGGCUAAGAGAAAAGUUUGGUUGGCAAACGACGUUACCACAGCACUGUUUGGAGCACAAAAGUUCCAAAACUGCAAUUCAGAAGAUUAUUCUAAAGGAACCUUUAACAGAUGAUGGAGAAUUUGUAUAUUGCCUUCCUCGGAAAAAUCGUCAAAUUCUCGAUAAUCCAUAUGAUCUUCAGGUGGUCUCUGCCCACAGGGCUAGACACUGCAAAGAAUUUUGGAUUGUUACUGCAUCAUUUAUCUCAAAGGUUACUAAAAUAGGUGAUGUAGAAGAAAUAGAACUCAUACCUACUUUGGAAUGGCUUUUAGAAAGAAAAUGUUACCAUUUAUUACAGCAAUUCAAGAUAUUUUCUAAUUUUCGAGUCAAUAAAUCAUUUGUUACCUGGAAAUUGAAUGUUAGAAGAAUUAAGACAGAGAAGAGCAGGUCAUUUUUGACUCGCCAUCUUUUUUGGGCUGAUGAGUUAUUUCAAGGCUGUUUGCUUUAUAUAAAGGGACUUUGUGAAGAUGCAGUUGAUACAAAAAAAGGUAAUGACCAAGAAGACCAUCCAUCUGCCAUAUGCCUCAUCAAGCUGGAUAGGUCUCGAACAUACUCUCUAGAUGCAUUUUGUAAAGAGCAGUUACAGCAAGCUACCCUGGCGCUGAAGCAGCUUGAGGAUAUCAGACAUAAAGCUCUUUGUGAAAUCAGAAAUACAGUUUUAAAGGUGGCAGAAAAGAAAGAAAUUAAAGAAUACUUUGAGUCAAACCUCUCUGAAGAUGACACUGUACAUUUCAAGCUGCCUACAUAUCGACGUUUAUUAGAAACUGUUCUGAGGUUUCUGCUGCUGGUUGACUACAUAUUUCAGGAACUCAUCCGUAAACUAAUGAAUACUGCAGUCACACUACUUUUGGAAUUAUUUAAUAAUUCUGCUAGAAUGCCAUUUUCAAGGGAAAAAAGGAACGAAGAUCUCAUUAAAUUAUACAAGAAUGUCUUUUCUGUCACUGAAAAGAUAACAGAUGAUUAUGAAGAAGUUGUUGAUGAUUCAGACUUACAUGUCACUUCUGUUUUAAAGUCAGAAGUAAAAACAGAAGCGGAUAUUAACGAGAUUUUGAAUAGUAUUAAAGUGGAUGAGGAUUUGAGAAAAGUAUAUGCACCAGUAUUUGAAGUAGCUCUACACUUGAGCGUUCCCGAAGAGAGUGGCUCUUCAGAAAGUUCCACAGAGAACUCUCAUGAGGCUGACAAGUCCUCUGAAGGAUCUGAGUCAUGUGAAGAUGAGGCAUCAAAAAAUGAAGUCGGUUGUCUCAUAAGACACUCCAGUGAAGAGCAGCCACUAAUGCAGAAAACAGAAAAUGUCUCUUCCAACUUGGAAGGAACUCUUUCAGGCAUAGAAAUCAUGACUGAGUUUGAGAAUAAAUACAUACAUGAUGAAUUUUUGGAAUUUGCUACAAAUCUCUCCUUAGCUCCCAACAGAUUAGAGUUUUCAAUAAAAAUUCAAAAUAUGGUGACUGACAUUGAAAAAUGUAUAACCAGGAUUAUUCCUCUUUGCCAAGAUCCUCGCCUGUCUCUCUUUACUGAAUCGGUUUUAAUUACAAGUUUACCUAAUAAGACUGAAAGUGGAAUGGCCUAUAAGAAGCCAGCCAGAUGGCCAGAUUGUCAGAUCCUUUUUGAAAUGGAUCCUACGUACCAAAGUAAAAUUGCCAGGCUCCUGACUGUUGUUGGUAAUUGCAUGGGGCAAGUUAAUGUUUACAGUUGCAAGUUUAUAAAAUACUGUUCCAUGGUACAGAAGGCCAAAGCCAUGAGCAUGAAAAUCUCAUUGGUGGAUGAACUGACUUCAACACAGUUUAAAAUGAUCCUGGCUAAAUUCAGAAACUAUCUUCAAUAUAUUAUUAACAUGGCCGUUGAGAAACGCAUUGGUAUUUUCAAAGUCAUAAGUCUCAGUUAUCAGUCAGAAUGCUUACCCUAUGUUGAGAAUGUCCUACAUCUGAUCCACAACCUCCUUCGAUCUGUAAUUGAAAAGAAGAAUACAAAUCUACUGGAAGUUGUGGAGUCAUCACUGCGAAAGCUGGACUCUGAUCCCACUGAAAUAGAAGAAUUUGUGGAACAUUUUACUUUUUUGGAUUCAGUUUCCUCAAAAAUAUUUGCCUUAGAGAAAGAGUACUCCACCGUCAAUCAGCUGCACUCUGUCGUACGGUAUUACCAGAUCCAGAUCCCAGAAGAGCAAAAUGCCAUAUACAGAAUUCUCCUUGGCAGGUUUGGUCAACUAAAAACUUCUCUGAAGCUAAGAAAAACAAAUAAAGAUGUGGCUCUUUCUAGAUUCAGAGACAAUUUGGAAGCACACAUCACUGGGCUGCGAGUUGACCUCAGUAACUUGAAGACCAAGAUAAGAACUCCCGUACUGCUGUGCAUGGGCACGCGCGUGGACACCGCCAUGGAGAUGAUGCGGGCACUCACAGAGGAGGCUGCUGCCUUGGCGCUUAGGGCUAAAACCUACUGCAGCUACCAGAGCCGCUUCGAUGACACCCAGUCCCAGAUGCACUCCCUGAACAUGGAGGAGAUCACACAGCUUGUCCUGGGGGAGGUUUCGGACAUUGAAUACGACCUCACCUUGAGGAAGAUCCUGUGGGAGGUCCAGGAGGAAUGGAGAGCGCUCUUCGGGGAAUGGAGGAGUAGGACUCUUCAUAGUAUUGAUACAGAGUCGGUCCAGAGAAAUGUUUCAAGAUGGAUACACAAAAUCCUUGUCCUAGAAAAAGGUUUACCUAAAAAUGACAUGGUAACCCAUCUUAAGCAGUCAGUGACAGAAUUUAAGCAAGAACUGCCUAUCAUCAUGGCUCUCGGAAACCCCUGUCUCAAGCCAAGGCACUGGGAGACUCUCCAGGAGAUUAUUGGGAAGUCCGUUUCUCUUGAUAAAAACUGUACAGUAGAGGAUCUUCUAGCACUCAAGAUGUUUCAGUACGAAAAUGAAAUUAACGAAAUCUCGGCCUCUGCCACUAAUGAAGCUGCUCUUGAGAAAAUGCUGUUUAAAAUUAUUGAUCAGUGGAACACAACGCCGUUACACUUAGCUGUUCAUCAGUCAGAGACAAUGUCCAUCCCAAUAAUUUCAUCCAUAGACGACAUAUUAACUCAGUUAGAAGAGUCUCAGAUGAUACUCGCAACAGUUAAAGGAUCUUCGUCUAUUGGGCCCAUUCGGGAUCUUGUGGAUGAGUGGGAACAGAACUUGACUCUCUUCUCUCACACUCUUGAGGAAUGGAUGAAUUGUCAAAGAAAUUGGCUUUAUCUUGAACCAAUCUUUAAUUCUGUAGAAAUACAAAGGCAGCUGCCAGCAGAAGCAAAACUCUUCUCUCAUGUGAUUUCCAUGUGGAGAGAAAUAAUGUUAAAAAUACAAAACAAACUGGAUGCUUUGCGAAUAACCACCUCUUCAGGUGUCCUUGAGAUUCUGCAAAAUUGCAAUGCAAGUCUGGACUAUAUAAUGAAAAGUCUGGAGGACUACCUUGAAAUCAAAAGAAGGAUUUUCCCAAGAUUUUACUUUCUUAGCAAUGCUGAACUCCUUGAUAUUCUAGCUGAUAGCAGAAAUCCCGAGUCUGUACAGCCUCAUCUUGUGAAGUGUUUUGAAAAUAUAAAACAAUUACUGAUAUGGAAACAAGAAAUCGGUCCUCCUGCUGUGAUAAUGCUCAUAUCUGCUGAAGGGGAAUCUCUUCUGCUGCCCAAGAAAAUUCGUGUAAGAAGUGCCGUGGAACAGUGGCUGGUGAAUGUAGAGAAAAGCAUGUUUGAUGUGCUGAAAAAGUUUCUAAGUCAAGGGGUCGAGGACUGGAACCGCCAGAUCUUUUCCACAUGGGUAGUGUCUCAUCCAGGACAAGUGGUCCUCACGGUGAGCCAGAUCAUGUUUUAUAAUGACUGCAUCAAAUGUUUUGGGAGUUCUCGGUCAAGACCAGAGUUGGAGAAGGUCCACAGCAGCAUGGUCCGUCACCUAGAAGAGAUUGCAGAGCUGGUGAUGCUGGACACCAGUAACUCCCGCACGCAGGCUGUCCUGGGAGCGCUGCUCACACUCUGCGUACACCACAGAGACAUUGUGAGAGAUUUAUUGCUGAGAGGCAUCUUCAGUGUGGGGGAUUUUGAGUGGACGAGGCAUUUGCACUAUAAGUGGAACGACAGACAGAAGUUGUGCUACGUGUCUCAAGGAGAUGCCAGCUUCACAUACGGCUACGAGUACCUGGGCUGCACGCCCCGCUUGGUUAUCACGCCCCUCACUAACAGGUGCUGGCUCACCCUCACCGGAGCGCUGCUUCUGAAUCUGGGGGGCUGCCCCGCAGGCCCCACCGGCACGGGCAAAACAGAGAGUAUCAAAGAUCUAGCCAAAUCCUUAGGCAAACAUUGUUUGGUCUUCAACUGUUUUGAGGAUUUGGAUUAUAAGAUAAUGGGGAGAUUCUUCUUCGGACUGGUGCAGUCAGGAGCGUGGUGCUGUUUGGACGAGUUCAAUCGGAUUGACGUGAAGGUCCUCUCCGUGAUUGCGUCACAGAUCCUAACGAUCAAGGCGGCAAAAGACAGCUACUCUGUCAGGUUUAUGCUGGAAGGAAAAGAAAUUCGUAUCAACAUGUCUUGUGCAGUAUUUGUCACCAUGAUCCCUGGAUAUAAAGGUCGAGUAGAGCUCCCGGAUAACUUAAAAUCUCUGUUUCGCCCAGUGGCAAUGAUGACUCCCCAUUAUCAAAUGAUUGCUGAGAUAAUGCUGUUUUCAUUUGGUUUCAAAUCUGCAAAAUCACUCUCUGGAAAGCUGGUUAACAUUUAUGAAUUAGCCAGCAAGCAGCUCUCACAGCAGGAUCAUUAUGAUUUUGGCUUGAGGACUAUGAAGACCGUUUUAACAAUGGCUGGGAAGAAGAAACAGGUAUUUAAAUGUAACUCCUGUGACCAUCUUUCUGAAAAGGAGGAGACUCUGAUCGUCCUUGAGGCUCUAAGAGAAGCUAGUUUGCCAAAAUUUCUCCCUGAAGACAUCCCAUGUUUUGAAAAGAUUAUAGGAGAUAUUUUUCCUGAAGCAGAAGUUUCAAUACCAAAUCAGGUUGUCUUGGAGGAAGCAAUAUUUAUUGCAACUCAACAGUUGGGCUUACAACAAUGGCCAGCUCAGACAAAGAAAAUCAUACAGUUUUAUAAUCAGCUUCAGACUUGCAUUGGUGUAAUGUUAGUAGGCCCAACUUGUGGAGGAAAGACAACAGUCAGAAGAAUUUUAGAAAGAGCAUUAACACUAUUACCAGUUGAAUACAUCCUACCACGGAGAAGAAGGGAAUCUAUUUCACAGAUUUCAGGGAGAAAAGGAAAAGUAGAUAUUUGUGUUCUAAAUCCAAAGUGUAUCACUGUUGGUGAACUAUAUGGACAACUGGAUGCUAAUACUAUGGAGUGGUCUGAUGGGCUGUUAGCAGCAGCAGUUCGAAAUUACGUAUAUCUCAACACUGCAAGGAGCUCAAAGAAAGACAGUGAUUUAGGACUGAGAUCAAGAAUCUCAGAUGCAUCUAAUGUUUUCAAACUUGAUUUCUCUGAUGCAGCAGAUACUGACAUUAAUAUAUUUGAAAUGGAGGUGGGAAAAGAUGUUAACAUUCCGGAAAAUCAGAGGUACGACUGGCAGUGGAUUGUUUUAGACGGGCCAGUGGAUACUUUCUGGGUAGAAAAUCUCAACUCCAUGCUGGAUGAUACUAGAACAUUAUGCCUGGGAAACAGUGAGAGAAUUGCCUUAAAUGAUAAAAUACGAGUGAUUUUUGAGGUGGACAGUCUCUCUCAGGCCAGUCCUGCUACUGUCAGCCGAUGCGCAAUGGUCUAUAUGGAUCCUGUUGAUCUGGGAUGGGAGCCUUAUAUGAAGUCAUGGCUUUUGAAAACUUCCAAAAUUAUGAGUCAAACAGGAGUGAGUUGUCUUGAAUUCAUGAUUAAAAAUAGUGUAGCAGACGGACUACAGUUUAUGAAGAAGCAUCGGAAAUGUCAGCCAUUUCCUGUCCAGGACGUAAUGACCGUUAUGACUCUGUGCAGAAUUCUUGAUGCUUUCUUCGACUUCAUGGGUAAAAAUGGAGGCUUUGGAAAAUGUGAAGAUUUGAAGGACAUUUCAACUGAGGAGAAAAGUUCUUCACAUUCAAAAGUUUCUGUCAAAUUCAAGAGUACAAAAAAGAGAGCUGAAAAUACAUGGUAUCUGGAGAAGAAUCCUCAUAAGUUAAAAAUUGUGCUUCAGAAGCUCUUCGUGUUUGCAUUUACUUGGGCCUUUGGAGGAACUUUAAAGCGUGAGGAUGAACACGAAGAUGACCUCGUGCCGUAUUUGAGCCACGAGCCUGGUUCCCCUGCCAUGGUGACCUACGAUUUUGACAAGCUUGUGCAUGAGCUGUUUGAGAGCAAUCCACACAUAGGCGUAAACCUACCAUCUGGUAAAUGUUCUAUCUUUGGCUAUUUUGUGGAUUUGCAGCAGUGCGAAUUCAUACCGUGGUCAGAAUUACUUCCUACUGUUCAGACACUAAUUCAAAAAGGAACAUCCAUGCUAGUGGACCCUGAAGGAUCGAGUGAAAACCUGUUGAAGAUCACAGAAUACGGAGAGAACAUCACUUAUAUUGCCACCAGAGACACAGUGUCCCUCUCUUUCCUCAUAAGCUUUCUCUUAAAGAAUUUCUGCCCCGUACUUCUCACAGGAGACCCUGCUGUUGGGAAAACCAGUGCCAUUAAUGAAAUGCUUGAGAGGCUGGAGGGUCCUGGAGCACUGGAUGUGAAAUACAGUUCCAUCUUAGGAGAAGUCCUACUGUACAGUGAAAUUAAAAAAUCAAGCCUGAAGCAGAAUAUCAGCCUCUUUCUCUCUGAAACUCCCAAGGCAGGAGCUGAAGGUCAAGAUAAGCAUAUUAAAAAGCCAGCAGUCAAAACUGAUGAAAGUUCCUUGAAAAAUGAUAAGAAGGGAAUUGUAGUAUCAACGAUAAAUUUUAGCAUCGGUAUCACAGCUGCCAAAGCCAAGGAGAUGAUCCUGAAGAAAUUAGUCAGAAGAACCAAAGACACUCUUGGAGCGCCAAAGAACAGCAGGAUUGUACUGUUCAUUGAUGAUCUAAACAUGCCAGAAUCAGACACAUACGGAGCUCAGCCACCCUUGGAAUUAAUCCGGCAGUUACUAGAUAUGGGAGGCCUGUAUGACACAAAGAAGAACACUUGGAAGAACAUUCAAGAUCUUUCUCUGGUGGCAGCCUGUGCCCCUGCAGCGGUCAGGAGGCAUGCCAGCCCACGUCUGCUCAAGCACUUUUCCAUCCUGGUGCUGCCUCACCCUCCACAGCACGCCUUGCGGGCUAUUUUCCAGGCUCAUUUGGGAAUGUAUUUCUCCAUCAAUAACUUCACAUCCAAUGUUCAGAAAUGUAAGGAUCAGAUAAUAUCGUGUUCUCUCGCCGUCUACUCUCAAGUAUGUCAGAAUAUGCUGCCAACCCCAGCGAAAUGCCACUACCUGUUUAAUCUUCGAGAUGUGUUUAAGCUUCUCCUGGGGUUGCUGCAAGCUGAGAGGGUUGUCAUCAACUCCAGAGAGAUGGCCGCUCUGUUCUUUGUUCACGAAGCCACCCGAGUGUUUCACGAUCGCCUGAUUGAAUAUACUGAAAAACGGCUUUUCUAUCAACUUCUCUCAAAGGAAAUUGAGAAUUAUUUUCAGGUUCAGUGGACAAAAGAGAAACUGAUGAACGACUCAACUGUAUUUGUGGAUUUCUUGGAUAUAAACAAGGCCCAUAGGAAAAAGAUCUACCGGAACACCAAUGACUACCAUAAACUCGCCAAUGUACUGAAUGAAUUCCAAAUGAAGUUGAGCUCCGCAUCUUUGGAGAUUUUUCAUUCCAUGGUGUUCUUCAAGGAAGCCAUAGAGCAUAUCGCCAGAGCCGUGAGGGUCCUUCGGCAGCCAGGGAGUCACAUGCUACUGAUCGGAAUAGAUGGCUGUGGGAAGGAGACCUGCGCCACCCUGGCCUGUUACUUGACAGAAUGCAAACUCUACCGAGUGCCCACAUCCCGCAAUUAUGCCUACAUGGAAUUCAAAGAAGACUUUAAAAGGGGCUUCAUUCAAGCUGGACUGGAAGGGAACCCCACUACCUUGAUAGUUACUAGCUUAAACUCAAAGCAGGAGUCGUUUUUGGAAGACUUGAAUAGCAUUCUCAAUCUGAGGAAAAUACUUUACCUGUUUGAAAACGAGGAGCUGGACUCCAUCGCCCUGAAGAUGAGAUCUGUUGAACAGUCCGGUUACAUGGAUAACAGGCAGUCUCUCCUUGCGUUCUUCCAGAAGAGGAUCCAUAAAAACCUUCAUAUUUUUAUGACCAUGAGUCCAGCAGGACCGACCUUCCGCCAGCAUUGUAGAGCCUACCCCUCCAUGAUCACCACCUGCACUAUCGACUGGUAUGAGAAGUGGCCAAAAGAGGCUCUCCUCGUCGUAGCCAAUUCUUUCUUAAGAGAAAAGGUGUAUUUAAAGAACAGACAGAACUUGAGAGAAAAACUUGCCCCAACGUGUGUCCAAAUCCACAGAAGUAUAGAAGACUUGAACACAAAAUACUUCGAGAAAACCAAAAGGCAUUACUAUGUCACUCCCAGUAGCUACUUGCGUUUCAUGGAUACAUUUGCUCACAUUUUGAGGUCACGAGAGAAGGACAUGCAAGCAAAGAGGAAUCAUCUUCGUAUGGGUGUCUCCAAGAUCCUGGAAGCAACUGUACUUGUUACAGAGAUGCAGGAGGAGCUCUUGAUCCUUGGCCCACAGAUAGAACAAAAAACAAAGGAAAUGGAAGCCCUAGUGGAAAAACUGCAGAAAGAUUCACAAGUCGUGGAGAAGGUCCAGAUGCUUGUUAAACAGGACGAAGAAAUUAUGGCCGAAGAAGAAAGAAUUGUGGAAGAGUAUGCUCAGGAAACUGCCCAUGAAGUUAAAAGCGUGCUGCCGGCUCUGGAAAAGGCGGUGGUGGCUCUGAGCGCCCUGGACAAAGCCGAUGUGGCCGAGCUGAGAGUGUACACACGACCUCCCUUCCUCGUGCUGACCGUCAUGAAUGCCGUCUGCAUUCUUCUGCAGAAGAAGCCUAACUGGGCUUCAGCGAAGUUGCUUCUUUCAGAAACUGGUUUCCUGAAAAAACUGGUUAACCUUGACAAGGACAGCAUCCCGGAGAAGGUCUUCACGAAGCUGAAAAAAAUUGUAACCUUACCUGAUUUCAACCCAAACAAGAUUGCCCUCGUGUCAGUUGCCUGUUGCUCUAUGUGCCAUUGGGUCAUAGCUCUGAAUAACUACCACGAAGUACGGAAGGUGGUGGUCCCUAAGCAAAUCCGGGUAGCUGAAGCUCAAAAUGUCCUCAAAAUUGCACGACAAAGGUUGGCCGAGAAACAAAGAGGUUUACAGCUGGUUGAAGAACAUCUCCUGUUUCUGCAGGGAGCCUACAAAGACAUGGUUGUGGAAAAGCAACUCUUAGGCGACAGGAGGAACCUGGCCACCAGGCGCCUGCAGUGUGCAUCUGUUCUCCUCACCGCGCUGGAGGAGGAGAAGACUCGAUGGCAAGAAACAAUCAAUCAAAUAGACAAGAAGUUGGAAGGAAUUUUGGGCGACAUGCUUAUUUCAGCAGCGUGCAUUGUCUACAGUGGAGUGUUAACAGCAGAAUUUCGCCAGUUAAUUGUGAACAAAUGGAAGAAUCUUUGCACUAAAAACAACAUUCCUUUGUCUCCUAACUUUUCCUUAAUUGAAGCCAUGGCGCAGAAGCAUGAGAUCAGCCUGUGGCACUCUCAAGGGCUCCCCCUUGGUCAAUACUCAAUUGAGAACGCCGUCCUGAUCAAGAACAGCCUGCAGUGGCCCCUGCUCAUUGACCCGCACAAGCAAGCCCACGGCUGGAUCCGGCAGAUGGAAGGGCCCAGGCUGCAGGAGCUCUCCAUCCAGGACAGCGGUUACAUCCAAGAGAUCGAAAAUGCCAUGAAAACAGGAGGGAGCGUCCUCCUGCAGGUACUGGGGCACUGGGCUCACUCCCUAAGUCUGCGCAGGGGACAUACUUUCAUUUCUUCCCUUUGCAGCACCUUUGACAAACUGGUGCCUUUCUCAUCCUCUAGGUUAUACAUAUCUACAGAAAUCAACAACCCCCACUUUCCUCCGCCGGUGUAUAACUUUGUUACCAUGAUCAACUUCACGUUAACAUUCCAAAGUUUGCAGGAUCAGCUCCUAUCUACCAUACUAACUCAGGAAGUUCCUUACUUAGAAAAUCAGCAUUUGCAGUUACUGGCGAGUAUUUCCCUUGAUGCUAUGACCCUUGAAGAACUAGAGGAAAGAACAUUGAAUGUACUACAGAAUGCACAAGAAUGUGUGUUAGAUGAUGAGGAAAUGGUAGACAUCUUAAGAAACAUCAAAAUGAAUUCAAAUGAAAUUUCAAAGCGCAUCAGAGCAACAGAAAAAGCAGAAAGUAAGAUCCAAGAGACACGCAAGCACUAUCUCCCCCUGGCCACCCGGGGCGCCCUGCUCUACUUCCUCGUGGCGGGCCUCGCCCGGGUCAGCUGCGCGUACCAGUUCUCUCUGGACUGGUUUCGCCAGGCGUUCCUUCUAGCAGUUGUCUCCGGAAGCAAAGAACAGGAAGAGCCUGACCCCACACCCCAGAAGACCCUUGAUACUACAGACCUCUCAGAAGAACCCAAGUUAGAAAGGGAGGAAAAUAUCUCCCAGAAACAUCUUAAAAAUUCAAUCGAUGUGUUGACCAGAAGUAUUUUUAAGGUGGUCUCUCCAGCUCUGUUUAACCAGCAUAAACUUUGCUUCUCCUUCUGGCUCUGCAUCACAGUCAUGCAAAAUGAUGCUAAUGGAGGUGAUGAGCCCGGAUCCCUACCAGAGGAGGAAUGGGACCUCUUCCUACAUUCUGCCCUAUUGAUAAAUAGUAAAGGUGUGAUGCCCCAGGCCAAACUUAAUAGCAUGUAUGACGCCUGCAGGGAUGGGCACCUGCACUGGCUCUCGGAAUCCCAGUGGAGACAGUGCCAGUACGUCGGUAGUGAGCUGGAGCCCUUCGCUCUCCUGUGCAAGUCCCUUCUGUCCAACGUGCCCCAGUGGGAUGCUUUCAGAGCCAGUAAGGCUGCGUACAGCCUGAUGACCAUCCCUUUCUCUCCAGAAAAUGCUUCAGUGGAGGAGAGUGAGAAAUCACCGAAGGAAACUGAACUUCUGGAUGAAAAUGAAGAAACAUGCAGUCCUGUGAAUUUCCCCUGGGAGAAACUCACUCCGUUUCAGAGACUUAUUUUGAUAAAAAUUCUUCAACCAGAACAUUUAAAGAAUUCAGUGAAAAUGUUUAUAACUGAACAAAUGGGAAAUGAAUAUGUUCCCAGAACCGGAAUUAAUUUGAAAGAGUCGUAUAAGGAAUCCAACGCCAGAACUCCGCUGAUCCUUAUUCACUCCCUUGGGACUGACCUCACCAACACUGUCCUGAAAUUUGCACGAGAGUUAAAAGGAGGAAAAAGUCACAUGACCAUUAUCUCCCUGGGCCGUGGCCAGGCUGCAAAGGCAGAGGAGAUCAUCAUGAAGUCGCUCCCCAGAGCCGCACAGUGGGUCUUCCUGCAGAACUGUCACCUCGCAGCAUCGUUUAUGCCAAGGCUGUGUACUAUCAUCGAAUCAUUUAAUAGCCCAGAUGUGACAAUAGACCCUGAGUUCAGGCUAUGGUUAAGCUCAAAAUUGGACAGUUCUUUCCCAGUUCCAAUUCUUCAGAAGAGUUUGAAGAUCGCAGUGGAAAAUCCCCAGGGACUGAAAAGUAACUUACUUCAGACCUUUGGAUAUGGUGGGAAUGGAGAGAUAACAGAACAGAUAUUUGAAAAACCUGACUGUGGACCGUCAUGGAAAAAACUUCUGUUCAGCUUGUGUUUUUUCAAUGCUGUGGUCAGUGAAAGAAUGAAUUACGGAACAUUGGGCUGGAAUAUUGCUUAUAAAUUUAGUUCUUCGGACUUGCAGGUCUCCAUCAAGAUUUUGGAAAACACCCUGAGGACACGGUCCAGUAUCUCGUGGCCGAUGCUGCGGUACCUGAUUGGGGAAGUGGUUUACGGCGGCCAGGUGACCGACACGUGGGACAGGCGAUGUCUGAACACGCUUCUCUACAGAUUCUGUAAUCCGAACGUGCUGAGAGCCGACUUCAGCUUCUCCAGCGAUGAGGUGCAUCAGCCAAUGCCCGGAUCUGUGGGCAUCGGGGACUGCAUAGACAUCAUCCAGUCCUUACCCGACGAUGACCCUCCGGAGCUCUUAGGGCUGCACCCUGAGGCCAGCCGAGGCUGCAGGGAGAUGCAGGGCCAGACGUUCAUUGACAAUCUCAUCGCCAUGGAACCAAGAGCUACAGCCAUUGCCAGCCUCAUGAUCAGUCCUGAGCAGAGUAAUGACGACCUGGUGAUGGAAAUUCUAUCUGACAUGAGAAAGCGGCUGCCAAUGUCUGUGGAGAAGGAGGAAUGUUCUGGAACUCCCAGCACAUUGAAGUGCAUCAUCUCCAGCCCCAUUUGGGAGUUUCUUUACAAAAAUAUCCAAGGCUAUGACCCCCUUAUCCACUGCGUCUUGCUAACUUUUCUGAGCCAAGAAAUUGAGCGGUUUGAUAAGUUCUUACUGGUUGUGCAUAAAUCUUUGAAAGACCUUCAACUUGCCAUAAAAGGGGAGAUCAUCCUCACCCAAGAGCUGGAGGAAAUAUACAACUCUUUCCUUAGUGCGCGAGUACCUACGCUGUGGCAGAAACAUGCCUACAUGUCCUGUAAGGCACUGAGUUCCUGGGUUAAUGAUCUCAUCCAGCGAGUGAAUUUCUUCAAUACUUGGGCCAAAAUGGCUUACACCGCGAUACAUCAUCGGUAUAUGAAAUUCGUCACAACCUGGCAGCAUUCCACGCCAUCAUCUGCCCAAGCCCCCAGAUACCCUGACACGGAACACCGUGAUUUCUUUGAAGGAUUUCCUGCAAGAUACUGGCUCCCAGCUUUCUUCUUGCCACAAGCCUUUCUUACUGCUGUGCUUCAAGACUAUGGACGGUCCCAAGGAGUCUCUCUAGACACCCUCACCUUUACCCACCACGUGGCCUCGGAUGCCACUGACAUCAAAGACGAGGAGUUCUCCAUAAUCAUCCAAAAGAACCUCAACAUCGUCAGGAGAGCCUUUAAGGGAACAGACAGCACACACGUUGGAGUGCACAUUUUUGGUUUAUUCAUCGAGGGGGCAAGGUGGAAUCAUGAACAGAAAGUUCUAGAAGACUCGCUGCCUCAUGAGCUGUGCUGCAGUUUUCCUGAAAUCUACUUCUUGCCAACAAAGAUCUCUACUGACCGAGCACAUGCUUCUGAGCAGAGGGAUGCUGAGCUCUACACAUUCGAAUGCCCUGUCUACCAGACACAUGAGCGGUCAAGGACUCUGACGACCACUGGCUUCCCGUCGACCUCUCUAACCUCAGUGUAUCUACCCACAAGGAGACCUCCUAGUCACUGGGUCACAAUGCAGGUUGCGCUCCUGUGUGAGAGGAAUGAGAAAUAAAUGCAGCUACCAAACCACCUCCUGUUUGA